UUUGAUUUUUCAAAGGCGUCUGAAAAUAACGCCUUGCCCCGCAAUACGGAAGGUGUGGCACCGCGAAGCCUUAUAGACAAGUUUAUUUUUUUACUUUUUCUUUAUCAAUACUUUGACCCAGAAGAGUUCACCAUGAAACAAAAAUAUGCACCCAUGCGUGACACCACACAGAAUGGUGGCGGUGACCUUAUUAACAGUCACAGUGGGGAUAACAUGAAAAUGAGCGUAAUAUACGACGGACAAACUCCAGUGGAGUGGCGCGAAUCCAAAUGCAGCAUGUCGUGCUUGCCGACGAAAGGCGUUUGCUACUUCAUUGGGUUCGUGAUACUGCUCAUUUGCACAGCGGCCAGUUUCUCUCUCAACAUGUCCAAGUUCCAUCACCUGUGCGCCAACGAAGAAAACAUCCGGCUGCACACGAGCACGCUGCUGAACAGGUUCACCACCAGAAACGUGGGGCACAUCCACGUGCAGUACCAAAGCCUCCAUCUUAGACAUCAGUGGCUGCAGCUUGACCAAAAGCAGCUCUUGCGUGACGCCAAAUGUUUUGAAGUGCACACGCUCAUAAGUAUGCAAAUGAAUCAGUUGGAGCUCAAGUAUCUGGAAAUCAACCACACGAUGAGCACCCUCAUAAGAGCGCACAAGCGCUUGCUUCUGAGUCUGAACGCCUCCCUGCAAAAACUCGAGGAGGAACUGGAACAGCAGCAGGAUCUGCUGUAUAAACAAGUUUGUGAGAAAAAGGAGGAGAAUCCCAUAAAGUGCUGCCGGCAGGGCUGGGUGAGGCACGCCUCCAAUUGCUACCUCCCGUAUCGAGUUAAAAGGAAAAACUGGAGGGAUGCGCAAAAGCACUGCGUGAGCAUGAACAGCUUGCUCGUCAAAAUCGAGACCGACGAAGAGCAAGCGUUCCUGACCGAUCUCGUGGACGAAUAUGAAUUGCUCCCCUCGGCGUGGAUCGGCUUGAACGACAUCGUGACGGAAGGCCAGUUCAAGUGGGUGGACGGCACCGACCUCUCGAAUCUCACGUUUUGGGAGCCCAACGAGCCGAAUAACAACCACGCGGUCUACGGGCAAGACUGCGUGACCAUCAAGGCCCGCAGUAGAAAGGACAAGUAUAACAAGCGUGACAAAAAGGAUGUCAAAUGGUACCACUCCUGGGACGAUGUCAUAUGCAACGCGAGACGAUAUUUUCUGUGUAAAGCUUGCAUUUUGUGUGAUUAUUUAAGCUGAUGUGUUUGAGGCCAGGCGGGACGGUGACGCAACUGGUUAGAGCGUUGGCCUCACAGUUCUGAGGACCGGGGUCCAAAUCCUGUCCAUGUUUGCGAUGUCCCCAAAUGAUUUUCCAUUAAAUUUUCAUCAAUUCAUCCAUUUUCUUAGCCGCUUAUCCUCACCAGUGUCGCGGGAGUGCUGGAGCCUAUCCCAGCUGUCAAUGGGCAGGAGGCGGGGUACACCCGGAACUGGUUGCCAGCCAAUCGCAGGGCACAUCGAGAUCACACCUAGGGGAAAUUCAGAGUGUCCAAUGAAUGUUGGGUGUUUUUUGGGAUGUGGGAGGAAACCGGGCGGCACGGUGGAUCAGUUGGUAAAGCGUUGGCCUCACAGGUUCAAUCCCGGCCCCGCCUGUGUGGAGUUUGCAUGUUCUCCCCGUGCCUGCGUGGGUUUUCUCCGGGCACUCCGGUUUCCUUCUACAUCCCAAAAACAUGCAACAUUAAUUGUACACUCUAAAUUGGCCAUAGGUGUGAUUGCGAGUGCAACUGUUUGCCUCCAUGUGCCCUGCGAUUGGCUGGCAACCAGUUCAGGGUGUACUCCGCUUCCUGCCCGUUGACAGCUGGGAUAGGCUACGGCACUCCCCGUGACCCUCGUGAGGAUAAGCGACUGAGGAAAUGGAUGGAUAGAUGACAUUUUAGGUCAAUCUGAAGUUAUUUUCAGACAAAACUUUUUUUCCUACACUCCUUAUCCUCAGUAGAACCACAGGUCAAUCACAUUUGACCACAACACAGUUAAUCAUUGUGGCUUGAUUCUUAAUGUUCUAUUUCUGUUUUUAAAAAAUAUGAUAUGUAGACAAUCACAGCUAGGGACAAUUUAGAGUCUCCAAUUAAUAGACUGCUACUUUCCUUAUUUAAAAAAAAAACAACAGAACAGAAAAAAUUAAUUUCAAUUGGAACAGGGAAAUAUUUAGAUACAUAAAUAGAUAAAUACUUGUGAGGAUACGCAGCUAAGGAAAUGGAUGGAUGGGAGGAAACUGGAUUGCCCAGAGAAAACCCUCGCAUGCAUGGGAGGAGCAUGCAAACUCCACACAGGGAGGGUUGGGAUUGAACCCAGGUCCUCAGAACUGUGAGGCCAACCCUUUCCAGCUGAUCCACCGUACUUUAAUUAGAUCAACUGCAAGCAGACAAUGUACAUGUAAACAGCAAAUUAUAUCGGCUUGCUGACUAACUAUUGUGUUCUUUUAUGCAUACUUUUACGUUUACUAUGUUCUUUUAUGCAUUGUGACGACUUGAAUUGUGCUUUGCGCCUUCUUGGCCAGAUCACCCUUGAAAAGGAGACCUCGGUCUCGAUGGGUGUUCCGUUUUCGGUCAAACAUUUUGAUUUAUUGGCAUGUUAUGAUUGACAUGGUCACUUACCAACACGAUUCUUCAGUUAGCAAGCCGACUGUCCUGUUUCACAAAUAUACUUUGAAUUUCUGAAAGGUGUUUAUGAUACCUGUCCAGAUGCCCAGCAUUCCAGCUAAAGAUAACUAAACCCAAACAUGCUUCCACCGCCCCGCUUGACUGUAGGUGUGGUGCUCUUUUUGGCAAUGGGUAAUUUCGUAUUUGUGUGUCAACCACCUUCUGAAGUUAAGGCCGAAAAGCUCAAUUUGGUGUUCAGUGGAACUAAAAAAAAAAUUAAAUCCCAAACGUGUGUGAAAUUUGCUUUAUUGUGAUGAAACCAUCUAUCUUUUUUCCUCAGGAAUUAUUAAUGAUAACAUACAGUACAUUAAAAUGAUAUCCCACCCUGUUUACAUCAUUUAAAAAUAAAUUAUUGAUUCAAAUAGAUGUCAUUUGUGGUAAAUGAUUCAUUCAGUAAUAAAUUUACUCGUACCUGACUCUAUAACAUGUUGUACCAAACAGCAAAAUAUGGACAAACAAAAUACUUUCAUAAAUAUUGUACUGUUGUUGGAUGUGUUGGACUCAUCAAAUCAUGUAAAAGGUUUUGGUGCCUAAAUUAUCCUCCAAUUUUGGAAAUACAACUCAGAUGCUUUACUUUUAUACUUUUCCCCAAGUACACACAUAAGUACUUCUACUUUUAGCAUUCUUUUUAAACAGAGUGUGUACUUUUAAGGUGGCACGGUGGAUCAGCUGAUAAAGCGUUGGACUCACAGUUCUGAGGACCCGGGUUCGAUCCCAGCCCCUCCUGUGUGGAGUUUGGAUGUUCUCCCCCCGUGCCUGUGUGGGUUUUCUCCAGGUAGGCACUCGGCAUCCUCCCACAUCCCAAAAAC